AUGUCCUCCCACCCUGUCCAUGGGCUGCCAUUCCUGCCUGGGAACACCUACCGGGACCCAACCAAAUCGACUUUCCACCGCUCUCAGACGCUGACCUAUCGGGAUGGAUUUAGUAACCCACUGCUCCCAACAGUAGGGAUCGGGCAAGACCCAAUCACAGUGAACCAGCUGUCACAGGCUGAACUGGAUGAGCUGGCUAAUAAGAGACCUACACUGACCUAUGGCCAAGCAAAGCAAGCCCCAUCAUCUACCUUCAUCCCGGCACACGUAGCAUUUGACAAGAAGGUGUUAAAAUUUGAUGCCUACUUCCAGGAGACUGUUCCCAUCUCCCAGAACGAGCAAUACAGAGUGCGUAGAGUAUGUGUGUACUACUACCUAGAAGAUGACAGCAUAUCAGUGGUGGAGCCCCCAGAGGAGAACUCUGGAAUGCCUCAGGGAACAUUCAUGAAGCGUCAGAGACACCCGAAGAAUGACAAUGGUGAUCCCUAUCACUGGAAGGACCUCAAUGUGGGCAUCAACAUCACGGUGUAUGGAAGGACUUUUCGUAUCGUCAAUUGUGACCAAUUCACGAAGGAUUUCUUGGAAAGUGAAGGUAUUGAGCUGAACCCCAUAGAAGGAAUCCCUACCAAUCCUUACACCGAGCUACGCAAAGAGCCGCACCGCACCUACACUACCCCAUCUGAUUUUGAUAGACUCAAGCAGUUCCUAAACUAUGGAUCUAGGUGCUGCGUUUUUUUCUCGCUGUGGGAUGACUCGGACAGCAUGUUUGGGGAGGCACGCCCGGUCAUUAUACAUUACUACCUGGUGGAUGACACAGUGGAGGUCCGAGAGGUCCAUGAAAGGAAUGAUGGAAGAGAUCCCUUUCCUGUGCUAAUGAAGAGGCAGCACCUACCAAAAUCCAUUCAAAAUUUAAAAGACACCUUCCCUAAAUGUGUCCUGGAGAUGUCAGAUCAGGAGGUGACAGAGUGGUACUCGCCCCGAGAUUUUAUGGUGGGGAGUCACAUCACAAUCCUGGGACGAAAGUUCUUCCUGUAUGACUGUGAUGCUUACACUCGAGAUUUCUACCGCCAGAACCUGGGGGUCCCAGACCUGACACCUGCCAGUGUGGAGAAGAAGAUGAAUGAAGAAGUGAAGCAGGAGAUCCCUCCUUACAAUGGUUUCGGCCUGCUGGAAGACUCUCUUCAGAACUGUCUGAGUCUGAUUCCCAAGCCGCCCAAAAAAGAUGUGAUUAAAAUGUUAGAGAAUGACCACAAAGUUCUGAGAUAUGCAGCUAAUCUGGAUUCAAUGAUCCCUGAAGAUAAAGGAAGACGUUUCAUCCUCUCUUACUACCUCUCCGAUGAUAUGAUCAGCAUCUUUGAGCCUCAGAUCCGAAAUUCCGGGAUUAUUGGAGGAAAAUUUCUAGAAAGGACCAAAGUCCCUAAACCAGGUUCUUCUAUCGAUAAUCCCAGCUACUAUGGACCAGCGGACUUCAAAAUUGGCUCCGUGGUGGAAGUUUUCGGACACAGAUUCAUCAUCAUAAAUGCAGAUGAGUAUGUUUUAAAUUACAUAAGGACUAACAAAGACCAGUUUCCUAGUGAAGUGCUGAAUUCACUGGAGAGUCACUUCCAAUAG